UCCUUUCCUUUAGCCAGCAGUUCAGUUAGGUCUUGGGUCGAGGAAUGGCUGCAUCCUCCAGUGAAAUAUUGGAGACGACUCUAAUAUCGGAGCAAAUUCUUCAAAUGGUCAAAGAUUGGUCACUUAAUUUGCUGGUUCUUCGUGCCACGUGUACCGAGCUGCAGAUUUAAUUUGAUCCUGUGCUAAAUAAUCUCUCAAAAUCCGCUGAUUUUAAACGCAAUUGGACAUUCAGCAUUUUAAAUAAUGGGCGGCGGCUUUCUGAAACGAGCCAACACCGAGAAGCUGCAUAAUAUUUUUGAUAAGUAUGCGUCCCAAGAAGUCAAUGGGGAGAAGUACAUGACCCCCACGGAUUUCAUCCGUGGCUUCCUCGGUCUCUUUCCUGAUGCCAAUUACAACGCAGAUUCUGUCAGCUUGCUUGGCGGAAUCAUCGACACCAGCAAAGAUGGACUCAUCUCAUUUCCCGAGUUCCAUGCUUUUGAGGGUCUGCUGUGUGUACCUGAUGCACUGUACAAGACUGCCUUCCAACUUUUUGACACCAAUGGAAACGGAAUGGUUGCUUUUGAUGAGUUUGUUGAAGUAAUGAAAAAGACAACUCUAAAUCAAAGAAUUCCGUUUGACAUGAAUGGUGGUUUUGUUAAACUUUAUUUUGGAAAAGAAAAAAAGAGAGUGGUGAGCUAUGCAGAGUUCAGCCAGUUUUUACACGACUUCCAUGAGGAAUACGCUGUUGAAGCUUUCCGCAGGUUUGACAAGGAUGGAACCGGUUUUAUCUCUGCCCUUGACUUUCAAGACAUCAUGAUCAGUAUCAAGAGCCACUUGUUGACAAAGGAAGUUCGAGCCAAUCUUGUUGCUGCCGCUGGAGGUGGUUCUGGUGGUCACAGAGUCAGUUUUCCAUUUUUCAUGGCCUUCAAUUCGUUGCUCAAUAACAUGGAGUUGAUCAAAAGAAUUUAUUUAAAUGCCACUGGUGGAAAUCGAAACACAGAAGUCACAAAAGAGGAACUUCUUCAAUCAGCGCAGAUGAUGUCUCAGAUUACACCCUUGGAGGUUGACAUCCUGUUCCUCCUGAUGGACCUCUUACAUCAAACAGGUCGUGUCGUCUACAAUGAUUUGCAAGCAAUUGCACCUGAACAGUAUUUCAAGCAGAUUACCAAGCGCCUGGCUGAAAUAAAAGCAGUUGAAAGGCCUGAGGAUCGUGGUAUUCUAACCAUGUUUCUGGAAAGUGGGUACAGAUUCAUUCUUGGCUCCAUCGGUGGAGCGGUCGGAGCGACAGUGGUGUAUCCAAUAGAUUUGGUCAAGACAAGACUGCAAAACCAGCGUGCUGGAUCCUUCAUAGGUGAACUCAUGUAUAGAAACAGCUGGGACUGCUGUCGGAAGGUUAUAAGACAUGAGGGCUUUAUGGGAUUGUAUCGUGGCUUGGUCCCACAGCUCAUGGGUGUAGCUCCUGAGAAAGCUAUCAAGCUUACAAUGAAUGAUUUAGUGCGAGACAAGUUCAUGGACAAAAAUGGUAAUCUGCCUUUGUACGGAGAAAUAAUUGCUGGUGGUUGUGCUGGAGGCUCACAGGUCAUCUUCACCAAUCCGCUCGAAAUUGUGAAAAUUCGUCUCCAAGUGGCAGGUGAAAUUGCCACGGCUUCAAAGAUAAGUGCUGUGUCUGUUGUCAAAGAAUUGGGAUUCUUUGGGCUUUACAAAGGUGCAAAAGCCUGUUUCCUCCGUGAUGUACCAUUUAGUGCGAUCUAUUUCCCUGCCUAUGCUCAUAUGAAGGUUAAGUUAGCUGAUGAAAACGGUUACAACCAUCCUCUGUCUCUUUUGGCUGCUGGUGCAAUUUCUGGUAUUCCCGCUGCCUCUCUUGUCACUCCAGCAGAUGUGAUUAAAACUAGACUUCAGGUUGUUGCAAGAGCUGGCCAAACAACUUACAAUGGGGUCCUUGAUGCCGCCCAAAAGAUUUACAGAGAGGAGGGAAUGAAGGCAUUCUGGAAAGGCGCCACAGCCCGAGUGUUCCGAUCCUCACCGCAAUUUGGUGUCACUCUGCUGACCUACGAAAUUCUACAACGCUUGUUCUAUGUCGACUUUGGCGGAUCGCGACCUACUGGCUCAGAGUUGCAUGUGCCAACUGGCAGCCUGGCUGAUGAGGUGCGCUCAACAAAUCCUGACCAUAUUGGAGGUUACCAAGUUGCUUUGCCCAUCUUGACUGGCAUUGAAACCAAAUUCGGACUGUGUCUGCCAAAGUUCCGAGUGGGUUGAGCCAACUGCAGCGUGUUUAGGGUCUAUCCACAACAUCGCUAAUAUGCAAGCUGGCCCAUAAGAAAAGCACUGCAGCCAGCUACCAUCAGCACCGUUGUGGAUGAGUCUUUAGUAUUAAGUGUAGUGUCACUUUUUGCAAACCUAGUGUGUUAAAAGGAACUAUUUAGUCAAAGAAUUGAUCAAACUCUUAAUAGAAAUCUGCAUAUAAUGCGGAAAAUGUUAUCAAGAGGAGAGAAAGAGAGGUAUCAAUUAUCAUCAUCCCAUCCUGCACAAAUGGUAAUUGAGACAAAGAAAAAACCCUCUGACCUUGUUUUUAUGCAUUCACACUCACAAAAGUCAAACACAACACAAAUAACUUGUACAAAAUGUAACGUACAGGAAAAGUGAGAGCAAAGCUUCAAAAGAGUUCUUCUCUUUUUAACAGCAGACACAUAUAACUCAACACUUAUAUUUAUACUGUUGAGUAAAAAGAUAUUAUUUCUUAAAAUUUCAUAAUUUGUUUCAGUAAAAAUGAUCACGUUUUCAUGUUGUGUGAUAAAUUCUUGCUUUUAACCUGCUUGCUGACCAAAUAAUGCAGAGAGAUUGACGUGAAGUUACUGUGGUUGCAUAACAAAUUUUCAGUAUGUUUAUUUCAAUAGUUUUAUGAAAAUGAAUUUUUUUUUUAAAUUUUCCAAAUUUUAAUAAUCAUUAUCCUUGCCCUUGGGACUGCUUUUAUAAUAAGAAGAAAUAAAUAAUACCUAACUUGCAUGUCAUGGAAAUCUAGAGAAAUUUAACAGUAAAUUUUUUGUUCUAAUGGAAAAAUUUAAGAGGCCUCUAUUAUCAUUGUUUAUUCUUCACAAAGUCAUUUCUUUGAAUCGAAAAAAAAAUGUGAAGAAAUAUUAUUUUAUUUGAAAAUGGACAGUUCAAGAUUUUUUCCCCCAAAUAAGCAGCUUAUAUUCUUAGAAGGUUUAAAUUAAACAACUGCCUGCAUGUCUUACGUAGAUGCAACACUGUCUGUCAUUUGUUUGUUUUAAAAAGUGGCCAUUUACAUAGACAAAUAAGCGCCCUUUGUUUACUUGCCAACAGAUAACCUUGGAAGGUAUUAUGUAAAUACAUAAUUGUUUUUGCGUACUUUCUUUCCUUCCUAUUUGAGUGCUGUAAUCACUAUUCUCGACAAUUUUCAAUAAUCAUUGUUUCUUGCUUUCGCUAUUCCUACAUAAAUUAUUAUAAUCUGUUGCAGUGCUAAUUUAUUUUGCUUCUAAAAUGUCAUUUUCUUAAAUUACUGGAUUAAUAAAGAAAAUUACACGUUUGUUUUUGCCUAUAAAAGUUUGUCGCGAGAAACAUAAAAAUGUAAAAAAUGCCUGCUGAAACGAUCUUUAUAGACGCAUCGCCCAUGGCGAGUGUAGUAUAAUGAGUGGGAAAAUUGGGAAAAAUAAUAUUUUACUGUUACACAUAUGAGAGAGAGCUAAAUUAAUCACACAAACAAUAUAGAACAAAGUCAUCAACUCAACUGUGGUUUGUGGCUUGGAUAGGGAAAUUUAAUUUGUAUUUUUCUGAGAUAUUUGAGCUGAGGAAUUGAUCAUAAUAAAAUCAUGAAAUAAAACUA